ACAGUUAUUUCAGGUUAAAAGAAAAUGUAAGGGGUAUUUAUACGGUUUUUAAUUACUUGACAACGACGACACGUGAGACACGACUUAACUGUGCUUAUAAGUUUGUGGGAAGUCAAAAUUACAAAUCUGUUUUCAGUUUAAAUACAAAUACAAGAAAUUUAGCUGAAAUUUAUUAAAUGUAACAUAUUGACAGAUAUAUUCAAUCUACAGUCCGUAAAUAUAUUUGCCAUUUGUAAUCUUAAUUUUGAAAAUGAGAAAAUUUGGCGUAAUUUUGUUACUCAGCCUUUUAACAAUUAUUUACGGGCUUCCUAAGGAUGAAACAUCAAAAGAAAGAGUAUAUGACAGAGAAUUAAGUGACAAACAACACUUCGAAAAUGAACAACACAACCCUGAAUAUGAUCAUGAAGCAUUUCUUGGUGAAGAGGCGAAAACGUUUGAUCAGCUGCCUCCUGAGGAAAGCAAGAGAAGAUUGGGGAUUAUAGUUGAUAAAAUUGAUAACAAUAACGAUGGCUUUAUAUCCCGGGAAGAACUCAAGGACUGGAUACGUUACACACAAAAGCGAUACAUUUCGGAAGAUGUAGAUCGUCAGUGGAAACAACAAAACCCAGACGAUAAUCCAACAGUGAGUUGGGAGAAUUAUCAGAAGCUGGUUUAUGGUUUCCUGGAUGAUAUUCAUGAUGUCACAGAAAGGGAUGAAACAUUAUCUUACCAAGCUAUGUUAAAAAGGGAUAGAAGACGGUGGCAUGGAGCGGAUUUGAAUGGGGAUGAUGAACUAACAAAGGAAGAAUUUGCUGCAUUUCUACACCCAGAAGAGGUUGACUAUAUGAGAAAUAUUGUAGUUGAAGAAACUAUGGGAGAUAUUGAUAAGGAUAAUGAUGGAAAGAUUUCAUUGAAUGAAUAUAUUGGUGACAUGUACCAUAGUGAGGAAAGUGAACUUGAACCUGAUUGGGUGAAAAGUGAACGUGAGCAGUUUAACACUUACCGUGAUAAAGAUGGUGACGGCUACAUGGAUGAAGAAGAGGUGAAAAAUUGGAUUCUUCCUGAAGAUUUUGAUCAUGCAGACGCUGAAGCCAGACAUUUGAUUUAUGAAGCAGACUCAGAUGCCGAUGAACAGUUAACAAAGGAAGAAGUGUUGGAGAAAUACGAUUUGUUUGUUGGGUCUCAAGCGACAGAUUUUGGAGAAGCUUUAACAAGACAUGAUGAAUUUUAAAAGCGUAACGUUUAUUUAGCUUAAAACGUCUACUAUUGUUUUCGGUUUCUUCCCCGCAGGAAGGUGUCCUAUUACUUAUAUUGUGAAUCUCCUUGACAGUAAUACUGAUAUGACGUUAAUAUUCUUUACAUAAAUGUCUAUUUUUGUAUUUAAAGUAAUUAUUGGUGUUAACACUACAAUUAGUGCAAUGUGUUUAUGUGCCAUUUUUUAAAUAACUCUAUGGCAUUUGAUUUUAUACCAAAUAUAUAGAAAUGAUUAAAUUAAUUAUAUACAUGCAUAUCUAUUUUUUACAGACUAUACCUUCAAAGGAAUAAAAAUAUAA